GUUUCUUUUGAUGCACUGGGCACCAUACCCAAAAUGCUGGAGAUGAUUGACACCGCUGACAGGCGUGGUAACUCAUUUGCUGUUGGUACCUACACAGAUUCUGGCACAUAUGCAGAAAGAGGUAAUAAUAAAUCUAUGAAGCGCCUUCCCAAGGCAGGGGCGUAUGCUGGUGCAGGAGUGGGUCUUGCUCGUGCUGAAUGGAGCAUUUUUGAAGCUGAGGCCAAAGGGCCCAACGCCAGCGCAGGAGCCGAUGCUUCUGUUACGUCCCUCGGUGCUACAGCCAGUGCCAAAGCAGAAGUAGGCAGUGCUUCAGCCUCUGCUGGUCACAUUAUUGAGGCAGAGGCCAAAGCACCCAGCGUUGGCGCAGAAGUCGGAGCCUCUCUUCCUUUUUUUGGUGCCUUUGCCAAAGCAGAACUGGCCAGCGCCUCAGCCUCUGUUGGUCCGGUGAAAGCUAAAGUCGGUCUGGCAGCAGACACCGGUGCCAGUAUCGGUGUAGAAGGUUUAAAGGUCAAGUUGCUGGGAACAGGCGUCACCCUUGGUCCUCAACCAAUUGUGCAAAGAAGUGCAGAAGUUUCUCUUGAUGCACUGGGCACCAUACCCAAAAUGCUGGAGAUGAUUGACACCGCUGGCAGGCGUGGUAACUCAUUUGCUGUUGGUACCUAUACAUUUUCUGGGAAACAUGCAGAAGGAGGUAAUAAUAAAUCUAUGAAGCGCCUUCCCAAGGCAGGAGUGUAUGCUGGUGAAGGAGUGGGCGCAGAAGUUGGAGCCUCUCUUCCUUUUUCGGUGCCUUUGCUAAAGCAGAACUGGCCAGAUCCUCAGCCUCUGUUGGUCCAGUGA